AUGGGCUGUAUCCAGUACGUGUCAUGCCCGACGGUGCUUCGCGUGGUUCGGUCCGCUGUUAACGCUCUGUACCAGGAUGAUAAAGUAGAGCAGCAACUCUUCAACGAGGACCCUACACACGACUAUGAGGUCGAGUAUGUUCAAUCGGAUCUAUGGCCGACCGGGGUUGCGGACAUGAGGCCAUGGUCUGCCAUGGACAAGGAUCUACGUGAGCGCGCAGAUGGCCUCAUGGUUCUGAAGAUGCACUUUGGCAAAGAGGACCUUGAACUGUUUCCCAAUCUGAAAGUUAUCGUACGCAUGGGCGUUGGGUAUGACCGACUUGAUCGCGUCGCUCUCGCCGCCCGAGGCGUCACAGUCUGUAACGUACCAGAUUACGGCACCGCCGAAAUCGCCGACCACGCGCUUGCACUGUCACUUUCCUUACGCCGUGGUAUCCUUCUGCACAACGAGCGCCAGCGAGGCCCCAGUCCCGCGCCCUGGAUGCAGAUCGAUACACCUCUAGUAGAGCGCAUCCAAGGCACCACUUUCGGCAUCCUAGGCCUGGGACGAAUUGGUACCGCCGCGGCACUCCGAGCAAAGGCGUUCGGCUGGAACAUCUUGUGGUACGAUCCUUACAAGCCGAACGGCACGGACAAGUCGCUGGGUAUGGAGCGGACCAAGGACAUCAAGGAGCUGUUCAGGAGGUCGACGAUAUUGAGUGUGCACUGUCCGUGUACGCGAGAUACGAGAGACAUGGUGGGCUAUGAUUUGUUGAGUUUGAUGCCCAAAGGAUCGAUUCUAGUAAAUACGGCGCGGGGUGAGAUCGUGGAUCUGGAUGGCGUGGAGCGGGCCAUGAAGGAAGACAUCAUCUCGGGGGCCGGUCUCGACGUGCUGCCUGAGGAGCCAAUACCAGAGCCGGCACAUUCCUUGAUUCAAGCGUAUCGUCGAAAGGAGGACUGGUUGAUGGGCCGGAUGGUACUUACCUGCCAUAGUGCAUUCUACAGCCCGGGAAGCUUUGUCGAUAUAAGAGUGAAGUCGGCGCAAACAAUGCGCGAUGUGUUGAUAGAUAAGCUAGACAGCAACAUCAUCACACCGGAGAUGGAGUGA